UGGCCCACGUGGAUUUGUGUGGUUUGGAUUGAAAUUGCAUCAGCCGAGGACCGUUUACCUCUCACACUCACCCGGAUAUACUUCCGUUUGUGGCAAUGGCGGCUGGGGUCUUCAAGAGCUUUAUGCGGGAUAUCUUCGCGGUGAAAUACGAUGACAAGCAGCACGAUCCCGAGGCGCAACGGCUGGAUGGCAGUGGUCGGUAUUAUCCCAACUGCUCCUCGGAUGUCUGGCUGCGCUCCUGCGAGCGGGAGAUUGUGGAUCCCCUUGAGGGCCACAGCAGCGGCCAUAUACCGAAGUGGCUCAACGGCAGCCUUCUGCGCAACGGUCCCGGCAGCUGGAAGGUGGGCGAAAUGCGCUUUGGCCACCUCUUCGAUUGCUCGGCGCUGCUGCAUCGAUUCGCCAUACGGAAUGGCCGUGUGACCUACCAGAGCCGCUUCGUGAACACGGAGACACUGCGCAAGAAUCGGUCGGCUCAGAGGAUUGUGGUCACGGAGUUUGGCACCGCAGCGGUGCCGGAUCCCUGUCAUUCGAUCUUCGACAAGUUCGCGGCCAUCUUCCGGCCGGAUAAUGGCACGGACAACUCGAUGAUCUCCAUCUAUCCGUUCGGCGACGAAUACUACACCUUCACCGAGACACCCUUUAUGCAUCGCAUCAAUUCCUGCACUCUGGCCACAGAGGGGCGGAUCUGCAUUAGCGACUAUGUGGGCGUGGUCAAUCACACCUCGCAUCCGCAUGUGCUGCCCAGCGGAACAGUCUACAACCUGGGCACAGCGAUGACCAAGUCCGGUCCGGCCUAUACGAUCAUCUGCUUCCCCAAGGGCCAGCACAUGUUCGAGGAUGCUCACGUGGUGGCCACGCUGCCAUGCCGCUGGAAACUCCAUCCGGGCUACAUGCACACCUUCGGCCUGACCGAGAACUAUUUCGUUAUUGUGGAACAGCCGCUCUCCGUGUCCCUCACGGAGUAUAUCAAGGCCCAGUUGUCCAACCAGAAUCUCUCCGCCUGUCUGAAGUGGUUCGAGGACAGGCCGACGCUCUUCCACCUGAUCGAGCGUACCAGCGGGAAGCUGGUCCAGUCCUACGAGUCGGAGGCCUUCUUCUAUCUGCACAUCAUUAACUGCUUCGAGCAAGAUGGCCACGUGGUGGUGGAUAUUUGCAGCUACAAGAAUCCCGAGAUGAUCAACUGCAUGUACCUGGAGGCCAUUGCCAACAUGCAGACCAAUCCUAACUACGCCACCCUCUUUCGCGGUCGCCCCCUGAGGUUUGUACUUCCCCUGGGAGCCAAAGUGCACGCUCAUGACACGAAGUCCGGGUCCAGCAGACGGGGGCUCAUAAAGUCCUUCUCCUUGGCGGGCUUGAGCACUGCGCAGCCCUUGAAAACAAUGAAGCAUUCCGCCUCCCAGUACGCGGAUAUUACCUAUAUGCCCACCAAUGGCAAGAGAGAGGACUCUACCGAAGAGGCACCUCAGAGAGAGGUCAAGCGAGGCCGCUACGAGGUGGAGGACGGCAUCAAUCUGGUGACCCUAAAGAACAGUCGAGCGGAAGCCUACCAAGACCCGAGUGGCAUAUUCUUGCGUCCCGAAAUGCUCUGCGACUGGGGCUGUGAGACGCCCCGGAUCAACUAUGACAUCUACAACGGGAAGAACUAUCGCUACUUCUAUGCCAUUAGCUCCGAUGUGGAUGCACCCAAUCCUGGCACUCUUCUUAAAGUGGACGUGUGGACGAAGACGAGUCUUAGUUGGUGCGAGGACAAUGUCUACCCGAGCGAGCCCAUCUUUGUGCCUUCGCCGCAGCCACAGAGCGAGGACGAUGGCAUCAUCCUGGCAUCAAUGGUCUUGGGCGGUGGUCUCAACGAUCACUAUGUGGGUCUAAUAGUGCUCUGUGCCAAGACGAUGACAGAGCUGGGACGCUGCGACUUCCACACGAGCGGACCAGUGCCCAAGUGCCUGCACGGAUGGUAUGCACCGAGCGUGAACUAGGCCCAGAAGUACGCAUGAAUGUAUCACUCUUAGUCUGAGUUUUGUGUAUUAGAUUAGAACUUUGGAUUCAAGACAUUGGCAAUAAACUCGCGCCACUUCCGCUGAAA